CUUUGUCGCGCACCAGAAGGUACCAGGAGUGAGGGUAAUAACCCCACAAGGUUUCUGGUCAGCUGUUGAGCAUUUCUCAGCAUGGAUGGGCCCCUUGAAGUGACCCCCUGUGGCUCUACUGCUUCCUGCUGGGCAGGAGUAGCUACCAGGAGAGCGUGGCUACCGCAGCCCACCGGGGUGGAGGACGCUCCGCCCCAUCAGCGCCUGGGCCCCGCCUUUAGCUCCAAAGACUACUUAGUGCUGGAAGUGCUUCCCAAACUGGUUUUCCGCUGGACCCCAGAAGGCUAUCUCUCCUAGGAGACCACAACCUGACCCACAAGUUCCGCUGCGUGCUCUGGGAACUACCAGCAGAUCCGAGCCUUGCCAGUUGUCUCCAGAUCCUGAGACCUGUGCCCCGACAGACAGCAGACGCAGCCCAGCCCGCCAUGGCCCAGUUGCUGAUGGUCACGGUAACCCUCGGUUGCAUCAGCCUCCUCUACCUGCUCCCAGGCACGCUGUCUGGCAGCCUGGGCAAGGGACUGAGGCUCUCCAGAUCCAGAGAGUCCCCAGCCAAGAUUCCUUCCAGUGGCCUGCAGCCUGGACACCCUUCACUUCGGCCUGCAGUCUGGAAGCCUCGAUAUGCUCCCCAGUCACAGGGAAGGGGCAACCAGGCCCUUGCAAUGGUUCAUCUGCCUCAGGGUGGUGGCUCACGACACCCAGGUCCCCAGCGUCACGUGGGAUCCCGAAGACCCCAUGCCCAACUCCUGCGGGUUGGCUGUGUCCUGGGUACAUGCCAAGUCCAGAAUCUCAGCCACCGCCUGUGGCAGCUUGUCCGGCCAGCUGGCCGGCGGGACUCAGCUCCUGUGGAUCCCAGCAGCCCCCACAGUUAUGGCUGAGGUGGGGUCCUAGGUAUUCUACCUGGAGUGCUGUACUCUCAUCCCAGAGCUGCAGCUAAGCUCCACACCCUGGCCCAAUUCUCUGGAGCUCCUGCUUGCAGCAAUUCCUCCUGGCUUUGGAUACUGUAAACCUGUGAGGAUAUGUGGAUCUAGGCUGUAGAAUCGGCACUGACAGGGGCCUGAGCAUCUCAGAACUGUGUACACUCGGGGUAUAGGUACUUGGAAGAGGUGCUGUUGGUAUCACAAACCACAAAGAACUUGAGGAGGCGUGUGCCUAAAGAAAUAGGCAAAAGCUAGAGUCUUAAAUACAGCUCCACCUAUGACCAAGCAGGAGAAAGGCUGGAGUGACCCCUGUGACCCCACCCCACCCCCACUGGGAAUUAAAGUCUGACUGUGGGCAAAAGCUG